AUGAUUAUCUUGAGGGUUUUGUUUCUGCUCUGUUUGGCGGGUCUGGCGACGGCCUUUUCGCUUUCAGAUGUACCGUCAUGUGCACCUCGAAGAUCAUCACGAAGAAUACCUGGGGCGCUGAUGACACAUGGGCAAUCAUCACAUUUGUAUGACGACUCUUGGUUUGGCAAUAACCCCGCUGACGAUGGGCAGUUCAUUUUGAUACCGUUUACGGUAUUUACGCUACUUGCAAUACACCACGGAGUCGGACUCGCCGCACCAUUGUUUACCAAGAAUGACCUAUCCAAUGCCCUAAAGGAAGUGUUUAUCCUUCAUCUCCUCUAUGUGUGCGGUCUUGCAGCAGCCAAGACAUCGAUCCUGUUCUUCUACCUACGAGUAUUCCAAGACAAUACGUUCAGAAUCCUCGUCUGGAUAACCCAUGCUUUCAACGCCCUCUCAACAGCCAUCAUUCUGACUCUUAACUUUACGCUCGGACGAUCUGUGACGUAUCUCCUCGACAAUGGCGCAGAUUCAGUGAGCAAUAUGAAUAAAUACUCGAAUGCUAUAAAGAUUGUCCUGGCGCACUGCGUGGUCAACCUGGCUCUGGAUAUAUGGAUGCUUGUGCUGCCCAUGACGCAACUUUACAACAUAGGGCUGAAGCUCAACAAGAAGAUCAGUGUAAUGGCCAUGUUUGGCUUGGGUCUGUUUCUCACAGUAGUCAGCAUCAUCCGGACGACCUUUCAAUCACAGCUCCUUGUUGAUCCAGAAGAAGCGCAGACGGGCCAACAGCAAGUCAUUCUCUGGGCAUGUAUCGAGACAUACAUGGGCGCGACAGUAGCAUGCGUGCCUUCAACACGCCAACUUGUCCGGAAGGUGGUCUUGAAGAUGAGAAAGCAGAAAGAAGGGCCAUCAGGAAACAAACCUAUUUUCAUCGACAGGUCUUUGGCGCGGAUAUCGGAUGAAGAAGAUAUGCUGACGUUGAGUGACGUUGGGGGAUUGACGACUGUUACUGUGAGUAGUGGACGGACCGUUGGGAUGGAGCAUGAGAUGGAGAUUAUUAACAAGGCAGAUCGAUGA